AAACUCAAUACGCUAAAAACAAUUCUAAUUAAUUGAAAAAACAAAAAUCAUCAUGAUACGCGAAGAGCAUGGUCCUUGCCACAUGGAUUAUUAUUUAACAUAAUCGCUUUUAGUGACGAACCAACUUAUUCAUUCAUUCAUUCAUGCACCGAUUAUUAAUUAUUAUUACAUUACUUUCACAUUUCUAACUUCUAAACUCAAACACACACACAAAAAAAUGUUCCCUCUAAACCUCACCGGAAACAACACCGUUUUCCCGCCGGAUUCGUUCGUUUACGACGCCGAUGACAUUCCGUUCGGUACAGUGUGGUGGUUUGUUUACGCCGGAAUUUCAUGUUUACUUGUUAUCUUUGCUGGUAUCAUGUCUGGUCUUACUCUUGGGUUAAUGUCUUUGGAUUCUGUUGGUCUUGAAAUUCUUCAAAGAAGUGGUUCUUUCACUGAGAAAAAACAAGCUGCUGCAAUUUUCCCUGUUCUUCAAAAACAACACCAGCUACAUGUUACUUUGCUUCUUUGUAAUGCUCUUGCUAUGGAGGCACUUCCACUUUACCUUGAUAAACUUUUUCAUCCUGUUGUAGCAGUGUUACUAUCAGUAACUUUUGUUCUAGCUUUUGGAGAGGUCAUCCCACAAGCUAUAUGCACAAGAUAUCGCCUCUAUGUUGGAGCAACAUUUAUCGGGCUUGUACGUGUCCUGAUGUUCAUCUGUUAUCCGAUUGCUUACCCUAUUGGAAAGGUUAUGGAUCUAUUGCUUGGACACGAUGAUGUAUUGUUUAGGCGAGCACAAUUGAAAGCCCUUGUUUCAAUCCAUAGUGAAGAGGCUGGUAAAGGAGGGGAACUCACACAUGACGAGGCGACGAUUAUCAGUGGAGCACUAGAUCUCACUCUGAAGACAGCAGAGGAGGCUAUGACACCAAUUGAGUCAACUUUUUCCUUGGAUGUUGAAGCCAAAUUGGACUGGGAAGCGAUUGGGAAAAUUCUUGAACGAGGUCACAGUCGUAUCCCCGUAUACAGUGGAAACCCCAAAAAUAUUAUUGGCAUUUUACUAGUAAAAAAUCUUCUUACUUUAAGAGCUGAGACAGAGUGUCUAGUUAGUGCCGUUUCCCUCCGGAAAAUUCCUAGGGUUCCAGCAGAUAUGCCUUUAUAUGAUAUCCUCAAUGAGUUUAAAAAAGGAAACAGCCAUAUGGCAGCUGUAGUCAAGGUUAUAAGAGAGAAAAACAACCCUCAGGCAGCUGGUGACUUCGACAAAUACAACGAUGAAGUAGGCAUCAAACAUAGUUCUCAACUGACUGUGCCAUUGCUAGCCGGGUCUUGUGAGAAAUCAGACAAUGUUGUCGAUAUUGACAAGCUUUCUAGGUAUCAUAACCCUGGAGGAUACAACGAUGCGAAGAAUGCCAACCAACAAUGCCAAGAAAAUGACACUGCACCAAAUAGUUUCCACCACUUUUCAGGUGAUAAAGAUGGGGAAGUUAUUGGCAUCAUAACCUUGGAGGAUGUUUUUGAAGAACUCCUACAGGAAGAAAUUGUAGAUGAGACAGAUGUGUAUAUAGAUGUACAGAGGAGAAUACGUGUUGCUGCUGUCGCAGCUGCUUCAUCUGUUGCACUAGGCCAAAGGUCGACAGGUCACAAGCCUGCAGGGAAUCAAGCAAGCAGGUGAAAGUUUGACCGAGUUUUUGAAUGAUUGUUCACAUUGAAGGAGAGUUUGAGUCCGAUGGAGCUUCCAGGGCAGUAAAUGAUGAAAUUAUACUAUAGACAUUCUACUAAUAUAUUGUAUAGCUACUGGUGCGUUUCAAAGUUAGGAUGGCAUAUACUAUAUUGUAUAGCUACUGGUACGUUUAUAUGUUAGGAUAUAAUAUACAUCAUGGAGAUAGGUCACAAUUUUCUUAGUCUUAUUAUAAAAUAUAGCUCUAGGAUUUCUAAUAGUAGAUUCUAUUCUUCGACAUUCUCUUUUCAUAAGCAAUUUGGUUUGAAUCUUGUGCUUUCUGCCUAACCAAA